AUGGCUCCUCCUCCCAGUGCUACUUUUUUUAAUGCUAGCUUUUGGAAGAGAAUUUUUUCUAAUAGUGAUCAAGAAGAAACUUCCAGUGUAAAGAACGCGGAUGAUUUAGAACUGAAACAUCAUGCUUUACACAAAGAUGCCUACGAUGAGGAUCUAAGAACUGAUCCUACUACGGUUUUCAAUCGCAAAAACCUUCACGUACCUCGCAUACUGUAUCUUCUGAUGUGUGCGGUUGGCUCAUUUAUCAUAUCUGGGGGUUUAGAGUUCGCUAUAGCUUAUGGUAUGUAUAAAAACACCAUAGACCGUGUUCGUCUAUGGCGUCUUCCGGAUACACUUUCUGGUGACUUGGCAGUUACCAACUUUGUCCAAGCUGUACUUACCUACUGGAUUGAAUCUGCGUUAGUACAGGCUGAUUUACGCUCAGGGCUCGUGAAGCCGCUUUAUUUUGGUCGGUUUCCAAGAAAUACUUUUAUGCGAGAAAUCAUGCGUGCAAAACCAAAAUAUAACUUUCAUUUUAUACUUUUCCGUUGGAUAGAGUGGUUGGCUUUUACCGCCCUACGUGCUUUGUUUUGGUCUAUUCCUUUGUGGUUUUUGCUUUGGCCUGCUGCGAUUGGCAUUCUAUGUGCACCAGGACAGCAUUCCGGUAACGACUACUUUUACAAUAACUAUCCUGCUCCUCAAGUGAUUAAGCUUAUAUUUGGUGGUAUCUUGGGUUUUAUUUUUACACCAUGGAUUGCAUUCUUGCAUAUGUACAUGUACGGCCAUUACCGGUAUCUGGAAGAAAAUCAACAGCAAAUCACUGGUAAUAAAGACUUGGAAUCACAAAGGAAUGCAUCUAGUUCUGCUAUUGGUUCUGCUGUUGGUGUUGGUGCUGCCGCUGGUGGUGCUGGUGCUGGUGCUUAUGAUGGUGCUCGUACUGGUAGCGGUGCCAAUGGUAGUGCUUAUGGCGGUAGUGAUACUAAUGGUGGUAGCGGUGCUAAUGCUACGUUUCCAUCCUCUGCCGGAAAUAAUGUUUAUUCGGAGCAGACCGCUACCACCCCUACUUCUUCUGCUCCUCCUACUUCUCUGAUUAAUCACUUCCCUACUCCUAGUCCCAGACAUGAUUCUGGGAUCACCUCUUCUGAGGGAUUAGCUGGUACUUCAGAAGCUCCUGAAAGUACGAACAUGCCCUCGUCGAAACCUACGACGAGGGCUGAUCCACUUGCUUCUCAUGAUUCGUCAUUUGCGGAUCGCCAUCCUCAUCCAAUGUUAAGUACUCACACGACUACUGUGUAUGAUAAUUCGGUAGUUGCUCCAGCCAAUCAUGCUGUUCAGCCAGACGAUGAAAGACUUUACAAUUCUCUUGAUCACUCGACUGAAUUCGGAUCACCUAUCGAAUCGACCAUGUCGCCUGAGAUGGUACACCGUACGACUUUCGUAAAUGAAAAUUUGCACAGAAAUGACUCGAUACAAUCACGUUCUUAUAACAGUGGUUAUGAUAGCUCUGAUAAUGAUGGUUUCUCUUUAGUCACAGCUCCUAGUAUCGCUCAAACCUCUUCCGCUGUGAACUCGGCAACACCAAGUGUAAAUGGUGAUGCCAAUGAAGAAGAUGAAUUAUCUGAUUCUGCUUCAACUGACACAAGCGUAACUACUAAAAAGCCAAACUAA